CUCACCUAGUCAUGGGCAGCGAUCCAUUAGUCGACACGAGCACCAACGAAGCAGCAGACGCGGCCAGCAAUGUCCUGCCUGACAGCAACAAGCAGGCAGCAGACGCGGCCAGCAAUGUCCUGCCUGACAGCAACAAGCAGGCAGCAGACGCGGCCAGCAAUGUCCUGCCUGACAGCAACAAGCAGGCAGCAGACGCGGCCAGCAAUGUCCUAUCUGAGAAAGCAACGGAGGCGGGCGGCGAGGCAGUGAAGGAGGCGGGCGGCGAGGCAGUGAAGGAGGCGGGCGGCGAGGCAGUGAAGGAGGCGGGCGGCGAGGCAGUGAAGGAG